AUGGGAAACAUGACAUCAAUUCCCGUUGAGCUUUGUGCUACAUUCGAUGCGGAUGAAAUACGUCGGUUAGGUAAACGUUUCAAGAAAUUAGACAUCGAUGGAAGUGGCUCGUUGAGUGUGCAAGAAUUCAUGUCCAUACCUGAAUUACAACAGAACCCACUUGUUCAACGUGUUAUCGACAUCUUUGACACGGAUGGGAAUGGUGAAAUUGACUUUAAGGAAUUCAUCGGUGGAAUAUCACAGUUCAGUGUCAAAGGAGAUAAAGAAUCCAAAUUGAGAUUUGCUUUCAAAAUUUAUGAUAUGGACAAAGACGGAUAUAUUUCAAAUGGAGAGUUAUUUCAAGUGUUGAAAAUGAUGGUCGGCUCGAAUUUGAAAGAUUCUCAAUUACAACAAAUUGUUGAUAAAACAAUUAUCAAUGCAGACAAAGAUGGCGACGGAAAAAUCAGUUUUGACGAGUUUUGUGCCUGCGUUGGUGAUUCAUUAAUCGAUGAUAUUCAAAAGAAAAUGACAGUCACUGUGUAA